AGCGAGGUUGUGCCAGCUGAAGUAGUGCCAAAGAUGAACAUUAAACACGUGAUGGUGAUGGCGAUAUUGGUGGCUGUGUUGUUGUCGGAGGUGUUGGGGGCGCCAUUCAUCAUCACCAGAAGGAACAUCACCAGAAGGAGAGACUUCCCUGGACAGAGGUUUUUUGGAGCGACUAACUACGGCACUCACAGCUUCGGCAAGAACGGUUAUGACGGCAGACCCUUGGCUAGACGAAACAAAUUCCCUUCAAGAAGGCGAACCAGAUAUCCUCACCAUCAUAACAGAGUUUCUUCCUGGUACAACCGGCGAGGAUAUAGGAAGUGGUACGUUGGUUAAGCAUGGUGGGUGUUGGGUACGAGGAUUCUUACAUCUGUACCCAACCACGAGGCCUAAUAGUAUACAUCUAUGCCCAACCAACCACCAUUUUUGUUGAGUCCGAAGCUUAAUACAUCUGUGCUCAAUCAUCUAUUAUUUUUGGGGGGUUCUAAGGCCAAUGUACUUAUCAACAACCUCAACCUCCAACCAACCAUUUUCUUUUUAAGUUCAAAGUCGAGUGUACCUAAUGAAUCUGUACCCAACCACCCUUCAUUUUCUGUUGAGUUCGGGCUGAAGACUAAUGUAUACCAGUUAACAACCUCACAUAAUUUCUAUUGAAU